AUGACUUUUACAAUGCCUAGAAUUGAGGGUUUAUUAGGAGUCUUAACCAUUAAGCUGUCAGAAGAUAAUUUUGUCAAGUGGCAGUAUCAAUUGCAAUCUGUGCUACAGGGAUAUGAUUUGUAUGGGCAUUUUGAUGGCACUACUGUGUGUCCACCGAAAUUUACAAUCUCUGAGUUAGAGGGAGUCACAACAGAGAUUACUGAAGAUUAUAGGUCUUGGAUUCAAGUUGAUAAGGCACUUUUAAGUCUUCUUAUUGCCACAUUAUCCGAUGAUGCUAUGGAAUAUGUCAUAGGUUGUAAAACGGCAAGGGAUGCUUGGUUGAAUUUAAUUGACAGAUAUGCCUCAGUUUCUAGAGCACGAGUUAAUCAACUCAAGACUGAAUUGCAUACUCUACAUAAGGGUAGUGAUUCUAUUGAAAAGUUCUUGCUUAAGUUGAAACACAUUAGGGAUCAAUUGUCUGCAGCAGGAGUUCACUUAACUGAUGAUGACAUUAUCAUUGCUGCACUUAAUGGUUUACCUCCUGAAUUUGACAUGAUUAAAACGGUGUUAGUAGCAAGGGAAACACCAAUCAAUCUCAAGGAAUUCAGAGCUCAUCUGUUGUCUGCAGAACGUAAUAUUGAGGCCAGAAUUGUAGCAAUGUCUCACUCUAUGCAUGGUAUGAUGGGUGUAACCUCCUUUGAAUUGGGAUCUUCAUCUACUGCUAAUAAUGUGCAUAGUUCUUCAGCCAAUUCAUCUGCUACAGUGGGAACCAUAACUGGUCCUUCUCAGUCAAAUACCUCACCAACUAUGGGGUUUAAUGCCAUGUUUCAGUCCUCCUCUGUGCCUCAUUCUCAACCAACAAUGCAUUAUUCUCAAGCAAGUCAGCCUACUAAUUCACACUACAAUAAUAGAGGUCGAGGCUUUCACGGCAAUAAUGGUGGCCGUUUCAAUUCUCAACCAAGGUCUUUUGUUCCCAAGUUUUCUUCUGGUCCAAAAACACAGGCAAUUCCUGAAUGUCAGAUCUGUAAUAAGAGAGGUCACACAGCUACAAAUUGCUUUUAUCGAAUUCCUGAAAAUUCUGCUCCUCCUCCUAUUGUGGAAUGUCAAAUCUGUGGGAAACGUGGACAUAUUGCUUUAAAUUGCUAUCACAGAGCGAAUUUUGCUUAUCAGGGAGCCACUCCACCUCCUUCUCUACAGGCUAUGACAGCACACGUGCCUUCUGUGUAUGCUCCUGAUGAUCUGUGGAUAGCAGAUAGUGGCGCUUCACAUCAUAUGACUCCACAUGUCUCCAACCUUAUGACUGCUACUCCAUACUCUUCUGAGAAUAAAGUGACAGUAGGCAGUGGAGAAGGUUUGGUUAUUUCUAAUAUUGGUACUUCUAUGUUGACAGAUCUCCCUGGUUCUUUACAUUUAAAUAAUGUGUUCCAUGUUCCUCAUCUUGCUGCCAAUCUCUUAUCUGUUUAUCAGUUAUGUCGGGACAAUCACUGCAGGGUUAUCUUUGAUGAACACUACAUCUAUGUGCAGGACAAGCACACCAAUCAGAUCCUGUACCAAGGGCAGAGUAGACAAGGCCUCUAUCCCAUUCCUCAGUUUGAGAACAAUGCCUCUUCUACUUCCCUAGUUCAAUCUAAUAAAUCUGCCACAGCGUCUCAGCCUUCCCCAACAGCUUUUCUAGGACAACAAGUGACGUCAAAGCUAUGGCAUCUUCGGUUGGGACAUGUCUCCAAUGAAGUGCUGCAUCAUAUACUUAAGACCUCUCAAAUUCCUUGUCAUGCAGAUACUAGUUCUGAAGUUUGUGUUGCUUGUAUUCAAGGCAAAAUGCAUAGAUUACCAUUUUCUCAUUCUCAAUCUACCACUGUAGUACCUUUUCAUAAGCUUCACAGUGAUGUUUGGGGACCUUCAGCAUGUAUAGCAGUGGGAGGUUUUCGAUAUUAUCUUACCAUCAUUGAUGACUGUACAAGAUACAUGUGGAUUUUCCCACUUAUUAAUAAAUCUGAUGUUUUGCCAACAUUUGUCAAGUUUCAUGCCUAUGUUGUUAAUCAAUAUCAAGCUCAUAUCAAAAAUUUUCAAUCAGAUGGAGGGGGUGAGUAUACUAGUAAAGCUUUUCGGGAGUUCUUGUCAUCUAAAGGUAUUAGUCAUCACCUAUCAUGCCCUUACACUCCUCAGCAAAAUGGAGUUGCUGAGCGAAAGAAUAGACAUGUGAUAGAGACAGCUAUUACUCUCCUACAGACAGUUGAAUUGCCUACUAAUCUCUGGUAUUAUGCAGCAGCUCAUGCAGUUUUUCUUAUCAAUAGAAUGCCUUGCAAAGGAUUGAACAUGACUUUUCCAUAUUAUAAGUUCUUCAGUCAUCAUCCGGUUUUAAGUGCCAUGAAGGUGUUUGGUUCAGCUGUAUAUCCUUUGCUCAAACAGUAUAAUACUCAUAAACUGGAAUCUCGAUCAUCCCAAUGUGUGUUUCUAGGAUAUUCAUUGAGCCAUAAAGGAGUUUAUUGCUAUAAUAUGCUCAGUCAGAAACUUCACAUUUCUAGACAUGUGAUUCAUGAUGAGAGUCUCUUUCCCUUUAAGGUGUUAAAGUCGCCUCCAAUUUCUACUACAAUUGCUUCAUCUAAUCCAAGGCCAGUCAAUAUCUCAGUUACUUUGCCUCAUACAUCUUCCCAACAAUCUACCUCUUCUGCUCAGUCUUCUAUGGAACCUCAUUCUGAACUUCCAAUGUCCAAUAAUAUUGAGUCCUUGGAGUUCUCAUCAGGUUCUAUAUUACCUGUUACUUCAACCAAUCAAUUGGAGGUAGUGUUACCUAUUCCACCUAACUCAAAUAUUCAUGAGUCAUCAGAUGCCUAUGCAAUGCCUCAUUCUACUAAUUGUCAUCCUAUGCAAACCAGACUCAAGUCUGGGGUUGUUCAGAAAAGACAAUUUCCAGAAUUCUCAUGCUUUGCAACUAUGCUUACUUCUGUCAUAGAACCUGAGGCUCCAACUUAUUUUAAGGCAGCAGCAGCUAAACCAGAAUGGCAACAGGCUAUGGCAGAGGAAAUCCAAGCUCUUCAAUUACAAGGUACAUGGAAUCUUGUUCCUUCUCCUCCUGACAAGAAUAUUGUAGGAUGUAGGUGGAUAUAUAAAAUAAAAAGAAAUUCAGAUGGAACAAUUUCUCGAUACAAAGCUAGGCUGGUCGCUCAAGGAUUCAGUCAAGAGCAUGGUUUGGAUUAUGACGAAACAUUUAGUCCUGUAGUGAGACACACCACAGUCAGAUUAGUACUCAGUUUAGCUGCUAUGUUUAAAUGGGAUUUACGGCAAUUGGAUGUAAAAAAUGCUUUCCUUCAUGGGGAAUUACAAGAAGAGGUUUAUAUGAGGCAACCUCAAGGUUUUACUGACUCUACAUAUCCUAAUUAUGUGUGCAAAUUACAAAAAUCCCUAUAUGGUUUAAAACAGGCACCGCGUGCAUGGAAUGCCAAGUUUACAGGUUAUCUGCCUUCUUUGGGGUUUCAAUCAUCUCACUCAGAUCCUAGUCUGUUUGUCAGACAAAAUUCUACCUCUGUGGUUAUUCUAUUAUUGUAUGUUGAUGAUAUAAUCAUCACUGGAUCAGAUACACAAGUGGUACAAUCUGUUAUUGAUUCUUUGGGGGAGGUAUUUGAUAUGAAAGACAUAGGUCGUCUUACCUAUUUUCUGGGAUUGGAGGUUCAUUAUCAGGACAAUGGUGAUAUUUUUGUCAAUCAAGCUAAGUAUGCUCGAGAUUUGUUUAAGAAGGCAGGCAUGGACACUUGUAAACCAUGUUUGACUCCAAUUAAACCUCAUCAGUCUGUGUUGAAAGAUGAAGGUACUCUUCUUUCUGAUCCAACAUUGUAUCGAAGUCUUGUUGGAGCAUUACAAUAUUUGACCUUUACACUACCAGAUAUUGCUUUUGCAGUAAACACAGUGUGUCAAUUCAUGAAUGCUCCCACUGAUACACAUUUUGCUUUGGUCAAACGUAUCUUGCGAUAUCUGCAAGACGUUCUAACCACAGGUUAUGUUGUAUUUCUUGGUGAUAAUCCAAUCUCAUGGUCAUCAAAGAAACAAGCUGCAGUCUCUCGUAGUUCCACUGAAGCCGAAUACCGUGCUCUAGCCAAUUGUGCAGCAGACAUUGCUUGGAUUAGACAGAUAAUGUGUGAUUUGCAUAUGACACUGCCAGAGGCACCUAUUAUUCAUAGUGAUAAUAUGUCAGCAUUGGCUCUUAGUGUCAAUCCAGUUUUUCACUCGCGUAUUAAACAUUUGGAGAUCGAUUAUCACUUUGUUAGAGAACGAGUUCAAUGUCGAGAUCUGGUUGUGCAAUAUAUUCCCACAGAUGGUCAGGUUGCAGAUAUUCUUACCAAGGGCCUUCAUAGUCCAGUGUUCAUUCGACAUCGUUCCAAUCUCAGGCAAGGUAACAACCCAGCUGAGAUUGAGGGGGAAUGUUAG